GCCUUAAUAUUUCCAUGUGUGUUAAUAACAACCACUCAGUGGCACCAUUGCAAAGAAAGCACAAGCCAUUUUGGGCCAGAGUUUUCGAAUUCAAUGUAUCGGCAGACGGUAGGUACAAUACCGUAGACGAAUUACUGGAGGAUUAUGUCCCUGGCCUAGCGAGCGAUAUUGACGUUUUUCUUGCAUUUGAACCCAUGGUUCUUUUGUAUUGCCAUCGAUUUCUUUGCAUUAGCGGCCAACCCAGCGGAUCUCUCUGGAAAAACGUCCGUAAUUGCUGAAGAUUUACUCAUAUUUUGCCAUUCAUCCAAAAUGCUACAGUAUCCAUUGAGUCUUGGCUCUUUUCUCUGCCUGCGGUCCGCAAACUUUUCAUCCCCCCCAUGGCAAUGGAAUGUUCCCAUGGUUUUGUCCGGAUCAGUGGGACAAGGUAUCUUGAUGAGCCCGUUUGCCACCCCGCUGCAUCGACAAUUUCACUACCUGCAGACGUUUCUCAGAACGGAGAUUUGGUACGUUUGAGCUAUUCAAGAUCAUCGUUUCUAUACGUUCUAAUGCUGUGGUGGAGUUUGCCUAAUUAUGUUGAUUUGUUAUCACUGGCAACGGCACACGCCAACACAUCGCUCGCCAUCAUAUCCAAAGAGCCGCAUUCAUGACUUGCAGAUGGUUCAAGCCAUUGUCCUAUCUAAACAUCCCCUCAAUUCUACUCCGAUAAAUAACUCCAUGAUCCUUGUUCAACGCUAACAACUAGACUCUGCGAUAAAUCACACAUGUCUCGCUAUUAAUGAAAGAAAGUCCUGCACAGAACCCCUAGAACAUCCACUCAAUCACAGUCAGCCUUAUUCUUCAACACCACGACACUGUCCAUACAUCAUUGUAUUCACAUACACGGCACUGAGUGUGUGCAUAUUCCCUGUAUACCUCAAACACUGGGCUCAGUUGCAUCGAUAUCGUCAGAUCUAUAGCGUUCAGGCACUACCUAAGCUCAAGGCAUACUCACUACCUUGUAUCGAUCGAGGAAGGAGUGUCUCACCACACUUCAGACGACGGGCAUAACUCCUCUUUUGAGAGAUCUAGUCAUACUCUGACAUCUCAAGAACACUACGAUGGGAUUCUACAUGGCAUAUCUAGAGAGUACGUCGAUUCAUGAGUUCGGAGCUUUCCUCUUUACCACCUCACUAGAAGUUUUCAUUCGAUCCGGCUCUUCAAAUAUAAUCCUGCCCUGGCGGGUGUUGCAUCAAAAGAAGGCUGAAUCGAUCGCCUCACUAUGUCAUAUAUUACCGUUCUCAUGGGAUGCAUAAUCCCGCUGCGCUACCCAAGACAUCCCAAUGGAUAUGCUAUUCCUGAUGGGUCAAUAUUAUGAACGCCAGCGUUACAUUCAUCCCCAAAAUACAAUUUGUGCAACAAAGUCCCUGGUCUAGCCGCUGACAUGUAGACAGAUUUGUGCCGUCGACGAGGUUGGCAAGGUCCCCAGUACAAGACGUAC